ACCGUCCUCUUUCCCCCCGCCCCCUGCCUCCCCUUUACCCCCGCCGGCAGCUCCGUGGCCGACUGGGGUCCCGCCGUCGCCGGAGCGGGCGCGCGCGCCGGGGGUCGCGCUGCUGCUGAGAAGGGCGAGCGCGCGCGAAUAGGGAGUGGAGGCGUAGCGGGGCGGGGGUACGGUUCGCUUGCUCGCAAGAUGGCGGACGAGGACGGGGAAGGGAUUCACCCCUCAGCCCCUCACAGGAACGGAGGUGGUGGCGGCGGUGGGGGGUCUGGGCUCCACUGCGCCGGGAACGGCGGCGGGGGAGGCGGCGGCCCGCGGGUCGUGCGCAUCGUCAAGUCUGAGUCCGGCUACGGCUUCAACGUGCGGGGCCAAGUGAGCGAGGGCGGGCAACUGCGGAGCAUCAACGGGGAGCUGUACGCGCCGCUGCAGCAUGUGAGCGCCGUGCUGCCCGGGGGGGCGGCCGAUCGGGCCGGGGUGCGCAAGGGGGACCGCAUCCUGGAGGUGAACGGCGUGAAUGUUGAGGGGGCGACACACAAGCAGGUGGUGGACCUGAUCCGAGCAGGCGAGAAGGAAUUGAUCUUGACAGUGUUAUCUGUACCUCCUCAUGAGGCAGAUAACCUAGAUCCCAGUGACGACUCGUUGGGACAAUCAUUUUAUGAUUACACAGAAAAGCAAGCAGUGCCCAUAUCGGUCCCCACAUACAAACAUGUGGAGCAGAAUGGUGAGAAGUUUGUGGUAUACAAUGUUUACAUGGCAGGGAGGCAGCUGUGUUCCAAGCGGUACCGGGAGUUUGCCAUCCUACACCAGAACCUGAAGAGAGAGUUUGCCAACUUUACAUUUCCCCGACUUCCAGGGAAGUGGCCAUUCUCUUUAUCAGAACAGCAAUUAGAUGCCCGACGUCGGGGGUUGGAAGAAUAUCUAGAAAAAGUGUGCUCGAUACGAGUCAUUGGUGAGAGUGACAUCAUGCAGGAGUUCCUAUCGGAAUCAGAUGAGAACUACAAUGGUGUAUCCGACGUAGAGCUGAGAGUAGCAUUACCAGAUGGAACAACAGUUACAGUCAGGGUUAAAAAGAACAGUACUACAGACCAAGUAUAUCAGGCUAUUGCAGCGAAGGUUGGCAUGGACAGUACGACGGUGAAUUAUUUUGCCUUAUUUGAAGUGAUCAAUCAUUCCUUUGUACGUAAGCUGGCACCUAAUGAAUUUCCUCAUAAACUCUACGUCCAGAAUUACACAUCGGCUGUACCAGGCACCUGCCUGACCAUUCGAAAAUGGCUUUUUACUACGGAAGAAGAAAUCCUCUUAAAUGACAAUGACCUUGCUGUUACUUACUUCUUUCAUCAGGCUGUUGAUGAUGUGAAAAAAGGUUACAUCAAAGCAGAGGAAAAGUCCUACCAAUUACAGAAGCUGUAUGAACAAAGGAAAAUGGUCAUGUACCUCAACAUGCUAAGGACUUGUGAGGGCUAUAAUGAAAUCAUCUUCCCCCACUGUGCCUGCGACUCCAGGAGGAAGGGGCACGUUAUCACAGCCAUCAGCAUCACACACUUUAAACUGCAUGCCUGCACUGAAGAAGGACAGCUGGAGAACCAGGUAAUAGCGUUUGAAUGGGAUGAGAUGCAGCGAUGGGAUACAGAUGAAGAAGGAAUGGCCUUCUGUUUUGAAUAUGCACGAGGAGAGAAGAAGCCUCGAUGGGUCAAAAUCUUCACACCAUAUUUCAAUUACAUGCAUGAAUGCUUCGAGAGGGUGUUCUGCGAGCUCAAGUGGAGAAAAGAGAACAUUUUCCAGGUGGCGAGGUCACAGCAGAGGGAUGUGGCCACCUAGCCUUUCCUUAUCCCCUUCCCUUCUCUUCACCCUCAUCCUCUUAUCCCUUUUGUCUCCCGUGUCAGACAGAGUAACCAUUAACACAAAAGAAGAGAAAAAGGAAAAAAGUCAUUAUAUUCAAAAGCUCUAAACUAAAUAUUAUUAAUAAUUCUUCUGAAUUUCAUGUCUCUGGAAUUGAGCUGGUAGAGAACAACACAUUGGUCAGCACCAGGAGUCAACUGAGUUAAGACAGGAAAAGAAAUAAGCCCAACCAACUCACCAAAGGUAUCUUUGUCCUUUCACCUGGGCCUCAUACCAACAGACUCUCCUUGUACUAUAUUUUUAAAACUGGAACUAUGAACUCCAUCCAUUUGCACUGUUCAGACAUAUAUAUGUAUGUAUGUAAAAAUUAUAUAUACACAAAUUAGCUGCACGUAUAUACAUAUAUAUAUUUCUUUUUAAAUUUCAUAUUGAUGGCAGUACCUUUUUUAGCUUGUGUUUUUACACACCUUUCACUAGAAUUCAUGACUUCUCUCUUGCUGUCUUUAUUUUGAAACAAACUUUAAAAAGGAAAAAAAAAUUUUACAGGGAAAAUACCUCUCCUCAUGAAGGACUUGAAAAGUUUACAACCUGCUUGGGUUUUUUCCCCCCUUUUUUGUAUUGAGUGAAGAUUCUGACUCAUGGGUUGCCAUAGAGUUUGAGGAGCAGGGAGCAUAGUUUCUUUAUUUUCCAAGAGGCUGCUGGGGAGGAGAAAGAGGUGUGUUUCUCAAGGGCAGCCAGGCUGCAGAUCUGCAGGGAGAGUUUAAAGACUUGGUGUGGUCUCUUGAUUCCAAGACAAUUUCCCUGGUCCAUCUCUCUUUCUUCCACUCAUGGCUUUCUAGCCACAUUCCACAUUUCCUGUCUGCUUCCUCAGGGCCACUUGUGUGCUUUCCUUCAACUGGCCUAGAAUGGAGGAGAGGGUGGGCUCAGGAGGUUGAUGCCACAGGAACCUGAAACACUUCAUGGUCGCAAUUUCCUAUUUCCCUCCCAUUUCUGAAGCAGGGAUAGUACUAGGGACCAGAGUUAAAGCUGAUACCUUUAGGCACAAAGGUUGGACUUAGGGGAAAGGAAGGAAGAAAUGUCCUAUGUACGUGAGCUUUUCCCUACUCCAUUCCUGACCAGUAACCACCCAUAACUAGUAGAUUCUCUGUGACUUCCUUAAACAGCUGUGUUGGGGAGGAGUCUGACAAUACCUCCAAGGCCUUGGGGAAACUUGGAAUGUGUCAGUGGUCUGUGCCAACCAAACCGUCCCUAUCCAAGACAGCUGAGGACCCAGGAAGAAGCAGUAGGAAUAUGGUUGAUUUGGGUUGGAUCUCAACUUUUAAUUAAAAGGGAAGGAAAACCUUUUUCCCUCAAAGAGCUCCUCAUGUGACCUUGCAGUUAGACCUUUUGAGAUCUAAGAGCUCCAUCCCAGGAUAUAGGGCCAGGGCUGACUAGGGUAGGGCAACAUUCUGAGCCCCCGGGCUCUGUAGAUAUUGCAUUGGGAGCUCUGAGUCAGGCUCUGAUGUAACUGAAACACAUCUUUGAGCCUUCUUUUCUUUUUCUCUUCUUCACCUUCUAAACAAAAACCUCCAUAGGGUGGUAUCUUUUGCUUUGUCUAACUGGGAGGCACCAUAGUUGGUUGUAGUCAACUCCACUGAGCAGUGUUGGGGUGGUUUGAAGUUUCUUUUUUCGUAACUUGUUUUUGCAUCGUGAAGCCACUUUUCUGUCUCUCUCACUCUGUUAUCCUGGCAGCCACUUUCCCCAAGGGAGUGUGGUGUCUUGUAGGACAUCCCAUCUUCCCUCCCCUUUUCCAAACCCAGGUGGAUCAGAGAGUGCAAAAUGUAAGAAUGCUGAAUGUUUAAAGUUGCAGAGAAUGAUCCCUGAUUUGAAAGCUUUGACAUAGGAUUAACUUCUUUUGGCUUAGAUGAAUUUAAUAAUGAGCCAGAGGUCCCUCAAAAGAAGAUAUGUUGAUUUCUCACUCAAGAUGCUAAAGAGGCUUUUGGCACCAGCUGUGUUCAGACUGUGACAAUAGCAGCAAUUUGCCCUGUUCCCUCGGAGUGGGAGAGGAAUGAACAAAUCCGGGAGUCCAUGCAACAGCCCAAGUGCUGACCUCCGGAUACAAGACAUAGUGGGGAUGCCCUUAGGAUGGAGGCCCCUUCGAGUGGGUAGAUGCUGCUCUGUUCCUUUUCUGGCAUAGCAUUCACUUGGUGCUUUGGAUUUUGGAUGAGGGCCGCAUAGGGCGUUGGCCUGUUGGCAGAAUCUGUUUAGGAACAGCCCUUACCUGAGGCUGUACCAC